CGGUUCAGGUUUAAGUGGGGUUUUGGUUCAAUUGGUUCAAGCUUGCACGGUUCUUUACUCGGCUUGUUUGCGCCAAUUUUUGAUUUGAUUGAACCAGAGGCUCCUUGUUUCGUUUCAAUUAAUCAAGCAUUUCAAACAUUUUUUGUUUCAAACAGCCCAUUAGCUAUCUAUACUGCAUGUGUAGAUAAGCAGAAGGAUGUAAUGUAUGAAAGCAAGCCUCUUUCCAGCGUUUAUAUUGACUGAUCUGAAAUUUUUUUAUGCACACUUACACAAAACUUAACCUGUAUUUAUAUUUUUAACCAUUAUCAACAUCCAUGCUAAACUCUUCCAAAUUUUAUUUCUUUAACCCUCAGCUAAACCACACAAAUCAUAUUUAUUCCCCUGCCCUGCUCAACAUUGCUUUACUAUGACAAGAGAUUGGUCCUUCGGCGAAGUUCUAAAAGCUGUGUUUCCUCUUCUGGACGGCAACGAUCUAACUUCCUGCCUGCUCGUAUCCCGUCAAUGGCGAGACAUAGCCAAGGACGAAUAUUUCUGGAAAUGCCUCUGCUCCAAAAGAUGGCCCUCCAUCUGCAAGAGACCUCCACCCUCCCUAAGCUACCACAAGCUCUACCAAACCUUCUCCAAACCCACUCCGCAACCCCCUCUUCCCCCACAAUUAUCAUUUGAAGAUAUCGAAUUCUACAUCGAUCUUUGGUCCGGAGAGCGACUCAUCUUCUCAGAAGCCAUCUCCGGCUCAAACCUUCGAGGUGGAAUCAUGAACCGACCCCGCGACAUAUCGGACAUCCUCACGGCUCAUCUCGACGACCCCGAUUACAAGAUGAUAAUGCAGGUCGAACCGAGCUUCACCAUUCCUUUAGGACACGUCACCGUCUCCGUCCUCGCUGCCCGCCGAGACACAAAUAAGAUGGCAUGCAUCCUCAACAGAGCUCUGUUCGAUUACAUCGAUAGCAACGCAUUCAGGGCGCUGGCAUAUGACUAUCUGAACUUCUCCCCUGCUCAUCCUUUUAUAUCUGGAAUAAGAGCUUGGGUUUCUUUGCUAUUUCUGGAUGUUAAUAAUGAUACUAUCAUGGAUGUGUUUGGAAUCGAGAUCGACUUCUGUGAUGCCGCGAGCUCAGAGGACGAGGUUCUAUGGCUUCUCGACAUGCUUGACUGGAAGUAAAAAAGAGAUUUGGGAUUGUCCUUAGUUAAUUUGUAUAUAUUUUGAAUUCCCCUUGAUGUUGUAAUGGUGAAGAUGGGGGUUUGUGUAAGUUUGGACUUUGUAUUUCUUGUGCAGACUUGGGCUGAAUGCUUCUUUGGUUCCUUAUGUUUGCAAGUUAAAUUUUGAAGGUUAGAGUCCUUAUUGGAUA